AUGGUUGGGUUUGCCCGGACUCUGCCCGGAGGAGAGGAGAAGGAAAGAGGCUCCGUGGUGGCUGCUGGGACUGGCCUUUCUCUGCCUGUUACAAUCAAGCAGAGCCGGCAGACACCCAACUAUCUCCUACACCUCCCAGCCCCGCCCACUUCAGGGACAGGCCCUAUUCCCCGAUUUGCUGUGUCUUCACCCUCUUCAUUCCCCUCUGGGGCACGGUUUUUCGGGGCCACCCCCGAAUCAGAAGAAUACGUGGUGCUGGUAGGGGACGGAGAAUUCAAACACUCCGUGUCCCCAUCUGAGUUUUUGCUUUCGGUUUUACACCGAAGCCGCGCAGCGUGUCGUAUUGUUUCCUCUCCCCGCGUUCCGCUGCGGCGGCGGCGGCGGCGGCGGCGGGAGCCGGUGCGCCCCUCGCCUCCUCCUGUCCCCGGCCCGCGGCGCGGUCGCGGGGGUCCGGGGCGGCGCUGGGGGGGCCUCCCUCCUCGCUCCCCGCUCUCCCCGGGCGUCCGCGUCUCCCGCGCGGGCGGAGGGCCGGGGCUGCGCCUGUCUUUCCCCACCAGGUCCGCCCGCAGGGCCGCGGUUUUCCGACCCCGGCGGCGCGGCGGCUUUAGUCGCGGCGCCGGCCGCGACCCCGGCGGCUGCGCCCGCAGCGGCUUUAGUCACGGCGCCGGCCGCGCCCCCCCGGCGGCUGCGCCCGCGGCGGCUUUAGCCGCGGCGCCGGCCGCGACCCCGGCGGCUGCGCCCGCGGCGGCUUUAGUCGCGGCGCCGGCCGCGACCCCGGCGGCUGCGCCCGCGGCGGCCCCUGCCGCGGCGCCGGCCGCGACCCCGGCGGCUGCGCCCGCGGCGGCUUUAGCCGCGGCGCCGGCCGCGCCCCCCGGCGGCUGCGCCCGCGGCGGCUUUAGUCGCGGCGCCGGCCGCGACCCCGGCGGCUGCGCCCGCGGCGCGGCUUUAGUCGCGGCGCCGGCCGCGCCCCCCCGGCGGCUGCGCCCGCGGCGGCCCCUACUGCGGUGCCGGCCGCGGCGGCUUUAG